GCUUUGGUUGCUCUGUGUUACCUUGAGCAGUUUAAAUUAGUGAAGAAGCUUCUCUCGCUAUACUGUUUGUUGUUUAAUUGAUGUUGAAUCUAAGGGUUAAUCGGCUUCUUCGCAGACCCUUAUUCCGAUUUUCACCUUGCUCAAUUUCUUACGGCGAAGCGGAUGAUGCAUCUUUCUCGACAUCUUCGUCGAAAAAUCCUGGCUUUAUUCAUGGUCAGGAGAUACAAGGAGAUUCUAGUCAGGAAGAUGACCACUUAGGAGAGUUCAGGCAAUUGGGUUUCGGAAAGUCAUCAGCUUUAAAUGCUAGGAGCGUUGGUGAUGCUGAAUUUGGACAAAUUCGAAACCCUAAGUUCAAUAGGUUUGAUGAGAUAAAUGAAUUGGGAGAAGAUGAUGAUGAUGAUGAAGAAGGAAAUGUAACAAGUGGGGACGAAUGUGAUGAUGAUGAUGAUUUUGUUGUUCUAAGAUCGGUUGGGAAGAUCCCACAAUCGAGAGAAGACGUUGGUAGAUUCGAUGUCGAAGAGGAUGAAUCUAGGCAUCCUUUGGUGAGAGAGAUAGGUAGAUUGAUUGGCCUCAGGUCAUCUUGGAACCCAAAGUAUGAAGGUCAGAUGAGGAAUCUUCUUAGGAGUCUUAAACCAUCACAAGUCUGCGCUGUUUUACGCUCACAAGACGAUGAACGGGUUGCUCUUAAGUUCUUCUACUGGGCGGAUCGUCAAUGGCGGUAUCGCCAUGACCCUAUGGUGUAUUACUCGAUGCUUGAGGUUCUUAGUAAGACUAAACUGUGUCAAGGUGCUAGGAGAGUUCUCGUUCUGAUGAAGCGUAGAGGUAUAUAUCGAACCCCUGAAGCGUUUUCGCGUGUAAUGGUAUCAUAUAGUAGGGCAGGUCAGCUGAGAGAUGCAUUGAAAGUGUUGACUCUUAUGCAAAGAGCUGGAGUUGAACCUAACUUGUUGAUUUGCAAUACAACUAUUGAUGUUUUCGUGAGAGCGAAUAGGUUGGAGAAAGCUUUACGGUUUCUAGAACGUAUGCAGGUUGUUGAAAAACGGGUUGUGGAAGUGAGAGACUUGAUGAAGAAAAUGGCGAAAGAGCAUGGUUUGGUGCCAGAUCAAGUCACCUACAAUACUCUAAUUCAUAUGCUCACAAAACAUGAUCAUGCGGAUGAGGCUCUUUGGUUUCUAAAAGAUGCUGAAGAAAAAGGUUUUCGGAUUGAUAAGGUGGGUUAUAGUGCCAUAGUUCAUGCAUUGUGCAACGAGGGAAGAAUGUCCGAGGCAAAAGAUCUCAUUAACGAAAUGCUGUCAAAGGGGCACUGCCCUCCUGAUGUAGUAACUUAUACUGCAGUUGUCAAUGGCUUCUGCCGUUUGGGUGAGGUGGACAAAGCUAAAAAGCUGCUUCAGAUUAUGCACACUCAUGGAUAUAAACCAAAUACUGUGUCAUACACAGCUCUGUUAAAUGGGUUGUGCCGAACAGGGAAAUCGUUAGAGGCAAGAGAAAUGAUGAACAUGAGCGAAGAGCAAUGGUGGAGUCCAAAUUCUAUCACUUAUAGCGUACUUAUGCAUGGGUUGCGUAAGGAAGGGAAAUUGUCUGAGGCCUGUGAUGUGGUGAGAGAGAUGGUACUAAAAGGUUUUUUCCCAGGCCCAGUUGAAAUUAACUUAUUGCUCCAGAGUCUUUGCCGGGAUGGGAGAACACACGAGGCCAGAAAAUUCAUGGAGGAGUGUCUGAACAAGGGUUGUGCUAUUAAUGUUGUGAAUUUUACUACAGUGAUUCAUGGUUUUUGUCAGAACGAUGAGCUAGAUGCUGCUCUAUCCGUGCUUGAUGACAUGUACCUGAUCAACAAACACGCGGAUGUCUUCACCUAUACUACUUUAGUUGAUGCAUUGGGCAAAAAAGGUAGAAUAGCAGAAGCAACAGAACUUAUGAAGAAGAUGCUUCAUAAAGGAAUUGAUCCUACCCCUGUUACAUACAGAACUGUCAUCCAUCGAUACUGCCAAAUGGGAAAGGUUGAUGAUCUCGUGGCUAUACUAGAGAAGAUGAUAUUGAGGCAGAAAUGCAAGACAAUUUAUAAUCAAGUCAUUGAAAAGCUUUGUGGUCUGGGAAAGCUCGAGGAGGCAGAUAAACUUUUGGGAAAAGUUCUUAGGACAGCUUCAAGAUCUGAUGCUAAGACAUGUUAUGCGCUUAUGGAAGGCUAUCUUAAGAAAGGUGUACCUCUGUCAGCAUAUAAAGUGGCUUGCCGGAUGUUUAACCGCAAUCUGAUACCUGAUGUUAAGAUGUGUGAGAAGCUUAGCAAGAGACUGGUUCUGGAAGGUAAAGUCGACGAGGCAGAUCAGCUAAUGUUACGCUUGGUUGAGCGUGGUCAUAUUUCACCCCAGUCCUUAAAACAGUCGAUGGUCUCGUAAAUACCUGUCUGGAUUUGCUUUCGUAAUUUGUAACCCCAAACUUCUUGGUAAACUGUUUGAGGUUUCAAGCAAAGAGAUUUUGAUUGAAUACAACUCUGUCCAGGUG